AUGUCAAAUGCAUAUCUACGAACAACGCCCGAGGAGUUGACGUUGUUCCUAGACGACGUGAAAAAGAAUGUGACCUCCGAUGAGGAUACUGAUUUCAAAAAACUCCUACUAUACCUCUAUGGCUUUGCGAAUGCCAAGUUGGAGGCUCUACGAUCAGAGAAGACCUCUGGUGGUCCAUCCCCCACGAUGAACCUCCUGCUAAGGCUAGUGGACACCAUUGCAUUGGUGCUCUCUAAAAAGAAGCACUUACUUAAUGCUGAAAUCACACCGGAUGAAGUAUCACUGGUUCUCCUAGAUACCAAGACCGUACCUGUUCCCUUCGGUAUUCAGAAUGUGUACGAAUGGGGCAUACAUUUUUCCAUGAGCUGGUUACUGCAAUUCUCAAACAACAUGGAUGUCACGAACAUAAUAAAACUGCUUCUUAUCGGGCUCAUCAACAGCGUCACUGUUCAUGUUAAUGGGUUCAAAUACGCCAGACAAGUUCAAGUGGCAUUGGUGCGGAUUCUCAAGGAAAAUGUCGCCACGCUCUUCAAUGGAGUUAAUCACUUGAGGAGUCAGAUAAAUACCUUGAACGCUACUGUGCACUUGUUAAGUAUAGUCAACGACUAUGACGUCCAAAGAAAGCUUCUACUCACGUCCAACGCGACCAAACUUGAGCUCGAGGGAUUCACGAAACGCGUGUGUUUUGUGCUUGAUGCCCUCGAUUUCCAUGACAAAGAUGAUGACCUUAUUCCUUUAUCUGAUAAUCUCAAAAGUGUACUACUAUUGGGCAUGACGAGUAACCUUCUAUUGGACGAAAGCCUUAAAUGGUCACAAGUGACCUUCCUUAUGACCUGGAUCCACAAGCAUCUUGAGAGUUUUAGAAAGAGCGGACAAAUAGCUUUCCAAUUCAAGUAUUUCAACAAGGCGUUGUGUUCAUCUGUCAUGAGGAUUUAUGUCUUCUGCCGUCGAAAGAGCUUACUUCAUAAUUUUUUCAGCACCUUUGAUAUUAACGUCUUCGAAGAGCAGCACACCGUGAACAAUAUCGAGGAGAUCUUAUCAGCUUCUCGAUUCCCACCAUCUAUAAAGAAGUUGUCCCACUUACUUUUGCAUCAACAGUCAGUCAUCACUCAAGUGCCACUUCCACCAAACGCAGCACUUCUAGCAUCCCUUCCAUUUGUCGACGCCGAGCUCGACAAUCUCAGAACACAGAUCCUAGAUGAAGACCGACCUGAUAUAAAUAAGGCUCUCCACUUCAUUACAGAUCCCCAAACAUCUUUCAAGAGAUAUCUUCAAUCACAUAGCCAAGAUAGUCAGCCCCAUAUGAAGCAUUGGCUCGAUUACAUACUAUCACUCGCUCAAAUGACGAAAUCACAGUCUGGGAGACUGCCGUUGGCUGAAAAUUCAUCCUUGCUUACAUUCAUUAAUGCUCUUGGAAAAGCUUUUGCGAUUCUUUCUGAAAAUUUCAGCUACAAGAGUUGUGAAUCGAUUGCCUUUACAAAGCUUUGCUCUCGAAACCCAUACAGCGAUAUUUCGCCAGAUCGACCUUCAAUCGCGGAUGGGUCAAAUGUUGAUAUAAUUUAUCGAGAAAUCAUUUGCGAUUUACUACUUGAUGUCAAGAGGAAGGCGAUUAUGGAGGACUCGUCUUUGCUUGUGGGUUUUUUACUUAUCUUUUUUGACCUCUUCGCCUUAUUCAAACCAUUGACGAAAGACAUCGAGCAAGAGCCAUGCCAUAUGUUCCUCCUUGAGUGCGUCACUACAAGUCCCUGUCGUGAAGCUCGUCUUAUUGCUGCGAGGGUUCUUCCACUUUAUUUGAUUCACCGCCAAGAUGACUACCUGGAGAAGGUUUUUAAACUCACUUUUCUGGCGCUAUCUAGGAUUAAGUUCAGCGACCGCCAUCAUAUCCACCUUGCAGAAUCUACCUUAAUGGCGCUCAGUGAGUUGGCCAUCGUCUGUGAGGGUGAAUGGUUAUGUGUUAUCUUCAUCAAGAUGAUUGACUGUUUUGGCGAAGUAAAUGAGCAACACGUCAAUCUCGCUUACAAUUCACUUCUUUACGUCGCAACGGCGAAAUCAUUGACUCCAUACAAGCUUCUUUCUCCAUACUUACCAAGUAUUGCCGAGAGAAUUGUGAAGAAGCCGAGAAUAGACUACACAACUCCACGGCUCCUUGAAUACUACAAACAUGAUUUUGUGCAAGAAAUUGCUGAUGCCUGCAACAUGGAUAAGACAAAAUUGGUUGCCAAAACACUCCCGAGAAUCAUGGCAACCUAUCUUUGCAAGGACGAAGUCAUCAAUUCAGAAUAUAUUGUCAACGUCUUAAGCAAUGCAAGUCCGCGGUAUCAACAUCUUUCUAUAACAGAUUUGAUCCCGAAUAUUGGGGAAGUUUUAUGGUACAUCCUUCUUCAAAUUCAACUCGACGAGCAUGGACAAAUUGCCAACGAAACGAAAAUAUUCGGUGCCAUCAAGUACAUUGCAAAGGUCAAUUAUGCGAAAAGAUCAAAUCAGAAGCCUGACUCACAAAAGUUUGACUAUGUCAGAUAUAUCUUGGGUGAACAUGUUCUCGAACUCGUUCAACGAUUCUCAGAGAAUGUACAUCACAUGAAAGGCAUCAAACCAUUCCUUGAAAAGGUCAGCUCUCUAAAUGCCAUUCAUUUUUUGAUUACUCGAAACAUUGAGGCCGCCGCGUCAGCAUUGGGGCAAAUUUCGACAUGCUUGCAGGCCUCACUUGAGAAUUCUUCUCUCGAGGUGCCAGCUAUACAAUGUUGGAAUGUACUCGUACAGAAACUUGAUUCGGAAAGACUUGUUUCUUUGUUUGAUAUCACAAUCUCAUUGAUUUUCCAGAGAUUCGAUACUUUGCAACACAAGUCAAAACAGAUUGCAGUGAAAAUUCUUGAAAAGUUAUUUCUUGAGCUACGUGAUAGAUACAAGAAGUAUGCGCUAUACUACUUCUCUGUUCCAUUCAUCAAAAAUUUGGACAAAUACUUAAUCUUGGAUGCGACCUUCAUCAGUUUGAUGAAACCAAGAUCAAAAUUGAGUUACUUUCCUGAAUUCACAAGGAGACUCCAAACAAACAACAAGUACGUUGUCCAACAAGCUCUUGAUGAUCUACUCAAUUUCACUACGAAGUACCAACUCAAUUGUCAAAGAGAUGACUUCAAAGACUCUACUUGCGAAGAUGCAAUCUCGAUUUUAGUCAGAACACUCCUUGAUGUCUCAGUGCAAUUCAAGAACAAAAAUCCUCUGAUUCCCAGCAAAUGUGCAAAAGUCUUAGCAAGCAUCGGUGCUUUGGACGCGAAUAGGUUCAAUUUCAAGACCAUCGAUUCAAGAAUUGUCAUACUUUACGAUUUUCAGGAUUAUAAAGAGAAUGCGGAGUUUUUGAGUGAUUUCAUCAGAUCCCGAGUUAUCAAAAAUUUCUGGGCGUCAAACGAUCCGAUUAGACAAUUGUUUUCCGCCUACUCGAUGCAAAGAUUCUUGAACGUGAUGGGUUUAGACACCUCUGUUUUGGAUUCCUCUAACCUGGGAAUUAGAGCGGAAGUCUGGAAUUCAUUUUCUGAAAUUGAUAAAUCAACUUUGACGCCUUUGCUUUCUUCAAAGUACUUUGCCCCAGAACCUCGGUAUGAGCCACUAUCAUUUCCAUACUUCAAGCUCGGUAUGAAAUACGACAAAUGGCUCGUUGACUUCACAACGAAUCUUUUGAGAAGGCCACUUCACAAUAGCCUCAAGCAGCACGGAAAGAUGAUGUUGGCUAAGACUGUCAUAUUUCAAACCUGCUCAUUGCUCAUCAGGGACGAUGAAAUUUCUAUCGCUCAAUACUUGUUGAAGUAUGUUGCAUUGAGUCACAUAGUCAAUGGCGAACAACAAGCGAGAAAAGAUAUUCUUGAUGAGAUCCUCACAAUACUCAAACUUGGCGUCGGUCAAAAUUUGACAACAGAAAGGAUGGAAGAACUCAAGGCAUGUUAUCAAGCUGUUUUCGAAGUCAUCGAUUAUUUGAAUGAAUGGGUUUCCUCUGCAACGCAUAAGUUAAGUGAUUCCACGCUACCAAAGGCUGAUGCAUCUAUUCUAAAGAAGAGUCGUGAACAUGUCGAGAGCUUACUUAAUGAAAUCCCAAUGGAACUCAUAGCGCUCACAUCUUCUGAAUGUGAUUCCUAUGAGAGGACCAUUCUUUAUCUCGAAAAGUGUUCUCGAGAAGGCAAGGUCAAGACUAAUAAUCGGCUCGAUAACCUUAGCAUCACUUCAACUUUGCAAUCCGUAUACUCAAACAUUGACGAUUACGAUGCCUUGGACGGUGUAUUGAAGAAGUUUUCCACUGACAACUUGGCAGAGAAGCUCGACACAUUUCAGUAUAAUGAGAAUUGGGCAAUCGCGCAAGAGUCAUUCGAGGUCCUCAGCGAUAUUGGUGGAUACGACGAUCGAAUUGAAUGUAAUACAAAGCUACUUAAGUCUUUGGCAAGUCACGGACUCUAUGACCAAGUUAUUCAGCGCUUGAACUCGAAGGUGAAAAAGAUCAGUCAACUACCACCACCUUGGGGCAUGGUUGGUCUCGAAGCUGCAACUGCUAUUGGAAACACGGAAGAGAUGAAAAAGUGGCUGAAGCUCACUAGAAUUAUCGGAAGUGGCUCUGACGUGGAAGAUGUUUUCCAUUCAAAAUUUGCAUCAGCACUUCUUGCGUUGGGACAAGGUGAAAUGACCACCUUUGACUCUUCAAUCGAGGAGAUCUAUUCUUUAUUGGGCCAGUCGCUUUCGCUGUCUAGAUCGUCCUCGUUCUCAAGGAAUUCGACAUUCAUGUUGCAGCUACACAUAUUAUACGACACCGCUGCAAUCGUCCUUAAUAACGGUAGCCCUACCGAUUCGAGUGCUGAACAAAUAUUGAAGGAGCGGAUGAGCAAUACUGACCUAUCGUUCGAUAGCCAGUGGACCGUUUUAUCUAUGAGGAAAGCAGUGACGGUUGUAACUGGAAACUUGGACAAUGUGUCAGAUAUCCUAUUAGAUUGCUCUCGGAUUGCCCGUCGAAGUGAUAGGUUAGACCUUGCCACAAAGUGUAUCAUGAACGCAAUGACUCUUGAUGAUAGUGAAGCGAAUAUUGAGUAUGCGAACCUUUUAUGGGAUCAAGGCAAACAAACCGAGGCUAUCAAAACGUUGUCGGAUAACCUUGCUUUUCAAAAGUCACAAAAACCAGAGAGACAAGCAAGAAAUCAGUUGCAAUACGCUAUUUGGCUUGACGAAUCGAGCCACUCCUCGUCAUCAAAGAUCAUCGCCGAAUACUCCAAGGCCUACAAGUUAGAUCCCUCGUGGGAAAAGCCCUACUAUGACCUUGGAAGAUAUCAUAGUAAGUUGAUGGAGUCCCAAAAUGACACCUCCGGGUAUUUCGAACAACAAAUCAUAAGAUACUUUUUGAAAGCAUUGGCAUUGGGCCCUUCCUAUAUCUUUGAGGCCCUUCCCAAGUUCAUUACGGUCUGGCUUGAUUUUGCUCAACGAACCAAUAAGGCUAGAGAUGCCGAGAGAAAGCUCAACCAAAUUGUUCAUGAUAUCAACACCUAUAAAAAUACGAUUCCAAUUUAUGUGUGGUAUACAUCCAUCACACAAAUACUUUCGAGAAUCACACAUCAGCAUCAGCCAAGUGUCGACCUCAUGCAAAGUAUCAUUGAGUCUUUGAUCGCAGCAUAUCCAAAACACAGUUUAUGGUAUGUAUUGUCGCAUGUUAAAUCCAAAGAUGCUGUGAGACGGCAGCGUGUUUUGAAGGUUCUCAACACUUCCAAAGCGACGAAGCUGCUAGCUGAAACCAUUGUGAGCGCAAAAAGUUUGUUCGAAACAUUGGAAAGUGUCGCUGCCAAAAAAGUUAAGAAAUCACAGAAAAAGCGGUGGCUCUUGACGGAAGAUUUUGGAGUAACUGAUUUACAUAAGAAGUAUGACUCGUUGGUUAUUCCUGUCAAAACUAAUUUGGAGAUCAAGCUUCCAGCAACACGUCAUACAAGCAAACCGGGAUCUGCAUUCCCGAAGUCAUCCUCGAUUACAUUUGAUGGUUUUGAUGAAGAGGUCAACAUCUUUCACUCUUUACAAAUGCCCAAGCAGAUUACAAUAAGAGGUACGGAUUAUAAAGCUUAUAGACUCAUGUUGAAGAGGGACGAUACGCGCAAAGAUGCAAAAGUAUUCGAGUUCUCUAACAUGAUCAAUAGGCUUUUGUCGUUGAAUAACGUUGCCAGGAAAAGAAAUCUAGUGAUCGAGAACUAUUCGGUCAUACCCUUGGCCGAGGAUAUGGGAGUUAUUGAAUUUGUUCAAGAUGUCCAAACGAUGAAGUCAGUUAUUCAUGAGCAGCAAAAGAAGCAUGGAAAGGUUCCUCACGAUCGAAAGAUAUUCAUGAAACUUGAUGAAGCACAGAAGCUUGUUAAAGCGAAUUAUGCGACAGACGAAAAUGCCAUGACCGCUUUAGUAGGCCUUUUUGAGAAGAUAUGCGAUGAAUUCCCUCCAGUGCUUCACCAGUGGUUUAUCGAUCAGUUUUCAGACCCAGCUUUCUGGUACCUUGCUCGAAAGGCCUACACUAGAACAGCGGCUGUUAUGUCCAUUGUCGGAUAUAUUAUUGGUUUGGGUGACCGUCACUGUGAAAAUCUUCUAUUUUUCAAAAGAAAUGGCGCUGCACUUCAUAUCGAUUUUGACUGUCUCUUCGAAAAGGGUCUUACUCUACCCACUCCAGAGAUUGUGCCAUUUAGAUUGACUCAGAAUAUGGUCGAUGCGAUGGGAAUUACAGGAAUCGAAGGAACGUUUAGAAUCACUAGUGAAGUCACUGGACAAAUCUUGAGAGAGAAUGAGGCUUCUUUGAUGAAUAUUCUUGAGACUUUAAUCUAUGACCCCUUGUUGGAUUGGAAGACUCAAGAAAACCCACAAGAUCACUUGAGAAAAGUGAGGAGGAAAAUUCGUGGUCUUCUUGACGAGAAGGAGGGAUUGCCCAUGAAUAUUCAUGGACAAGUUGAUGUAUUGAUACAAGAGGCCACCUCGAAGGAGAACUUAGCGCAAAUGUACGGUGGAUGGGCACCAUACGUUUGA